CUACAACCAGCAGAUCCGGAUAACAGCCAGGGACUGGUUUGAGGGAGGGAAGCAGGCCUUCCCUGUCACUUGUAAUCUUCUCACAUCCAGAGGCAUCUUAAGUCCUUUCUAAACACGUUGAUACUGCCUGAAAUUCACUGAAAAAACACCAGCCUUUGUUUGUGUUAACAGGAUGAGAAAGUGCAAGGCUUCCUGUUAUGUGUGUGUGACAGCUAUAGAUAAGCAGAGACCUCUGGACAGGAAAUCCGCCCAACUUCUGCAGUGUGACUCGUCUGAAGCUUAGGAGCUCUUUUUAGAUUGAAGCACCAACAGAAUGAGACAGUGCUGGCCAGAAAAUGGGGGACACGCUGGAGAAGAGCUCUGAGGAGCCCGAAAUCUCUUUGGACAAUGAGUGUUCGAAGAAAAUGGGGGACCUGGUGGAAGUCUCGAGUGGUGAAAAGGUCAAGUUUGAUGAUACGGGUCUCUCCCUGGUGCUCCAGAAUGGCCUGGAGAACCUUCGGCUGGAAAAUUCCCUUACAGAUGUCAUCCUGUGCGUGGACAGCAGGGAAUUCUCCUGUCACCGAGUGGUCCUUGCGGCAGCAAGCAAUUAUUUCAGGGCCAUGUUCUGCAAUGAUUUAAGAGAGAAAUAUGAAGAAAAGAUCAUACUUAAAGGAGUUGACGCAGAAACCAUGAAUAUACUCUUGGACUACACCUACACCAGCAAGAUGCUCAUCACAAAGCAAAACGUACAGAAAGUCUUGGAAGCUGCCAGCCUCUUUCAGUUCCUUCGCAUGGUAGAUGCUUGUGCCAGUUUUCUCACAGAAGCCCUCCAGCCGGAGAACUGUGUUGGCAUCCUGAGGCUGGCUGAUGCCCACUCCCUGCACAGCCUGAAGCAGCAAGUGCAGAACUACAUUAUCCAGAACUUCACCCAGGUCCUGAACUACGAGGAGUUCCUGGAGCUGCCGGCUGACAUUCUCUGCAGCACGCUGAAGAGUGAUGACCUCUAUGUCACAGAAGAGGCCCAAGUGUUCGAAACUGUAAUGAACUGGGUUCGUUACAAGGAGUCAGAAAGGUUUCCUCUCCUGCCCUAUGUGCUGGAGAAUGUGCGGCUGCCCCUCUUGGACCCCUGGUAUUUCGUAGAGACUGUUGAAGCUGAUCAACUCAUCAGACAAUGUCCAGAUGUCUUUCCUUUACUCCAGGAAGCAAGAAUGUACCAUCUGUCAGGCAAUGAGAUUAUUACAGAAAGAACCAAGCCCAGGAUGCACGAGUUCCAGUCUGAGGUGUUUAUGAUCAUAGGGGGCUGUACAAAAGAUGAGAAGUUUGUAGCAGAAGUGACUUGCCUGGAUCCUUUGAGGCGAAGCCGCCUGGAAGUAGCCAAAUUACCAACCGCAGAGCAGGAGACGGAGAAUGAGACUAAGAAAUGGGUGGAGUUUGCAUGCAUUACGCUAAAAAAUGAAGUCUACAUAUCGGGUGGCAAAGAAACAAAACAUGAUGUCUGGAAAUACAACGCCUCCAUCAACAAAUGGAUACAAAUUGAGUAUCUAAAUAUUGGGCGAUGGAGGCAUAAAAUGGCUGUGUUGGGUGGCAAAGUCUAUGCCAUUGGUGGGUUCGAUGGCAUGCAGAGAAUCAACAGCAUGGAAGCAUAUGAUCCCUUUCAUAACUGCUGGUCAGAGGCUGCUCCCCUCAUGGUCAAUGUAAGCUCCUUUGCAGCAGCGAGCUACAAGAAGAAACUCUAUGUGAUUGGGGGAGGACCCAAUGGGAAGCUGGCGACAGACAAGACUCAGUGCUACGACCCUGCAACCAACACGUGGAGCCUGAAAGCUGCCAUGCCAGUAGAAGCCAAAUGCAUCAAUGCUGCAAGUUUUCGGGACCACAUUUAUGUUGUGGGUGGGGCAAUGAAAGCACUCUACUCCUACAGCCCCCAGGAGGACACAUGGUGCCUGGUCACUCAGUUCACCCAUGAGAGAGCCAGUUGUGGGAUUUCUCCUUGCAACAACAAGCUGUUUAUCACCGGGGGCCGAGACGAAAAGAACGAAGUCAUUGCGACAGUGCUAUGCUGGGACCCUGAAACUCAGAAGCUGACUGAGGAGUGUGUCCUGCCUCGGGGGGUGUCUCAUCACGGGAGUGUUACCCUCAGGAAGUCUUACACGCACCGUAGGAUUGUGCCCGGGGCAGUUUCUGUCUGACCACAGGAGAACUGCGAAGGAACCCAAUACCUCCGUGCCCCUGAGGCACAGACUGCAAUGAUGAUGGUUUUUAGCUGCAGGUAGCAAUGGGUGGAAAUAGUGCCGCUGGGGUCCUGUGGGGAGUAUGUGUAUAUGUGCUCAGUCCUUGCAUUUCCUCUGUACAGUAUAUCCUUAAAUUAUCUCCAUUCCUUCCCCCCACAGAAAAACAAAGUGACCAGCUGUAGUUUACUCCUGCCAACACAAUACCUCCAAUCAGGCAAUGAAAUGUGAUGUGUAGCUGGGAAAUUUAAUUCCCAGCUCUAUCUGUCCUGUGCUUGAACUGGCUCAGCCUGGUCCUGAAGUUUGUUCAACUAUUUAUUGUAUUAAGUUGGAUUUGCAGCACCUACUAGUGAAAAAGAGAAGAUGCUUUUGGAAUGAAAGAUUUGUAACUUCAAUGAAACGCACUGCAGUUUCCUCCAAAGCUGUGCUUUUUCCAGUGGUUGGCAUGUUAGUUUAAGUUAAAAAUGGUUUGUUUGUUUGGUUUUUCGUUUGUUUGCUUGAAGAUACUUUGUUAGUUUUUCAGUUCUGCGUGACCAAAACCAUCCAUCUCAGUUUGAAAAACCUUGCUACAGAUGAAUGCAAAUUUGGUUCCACUGAACAUUCAUUGUAGCUGUUUUCUAAUAAAGCAGACCAAAACAGA